AGAGACGAGGAUCAGAGAAAAGGAUCAGAGACGAGGAUCAGAGAAGUGGAUCAGAGACGAGGAUCAGACAAGAGGAUCAGAGAAGUGGAUCAGAGAAGUGGAUCAGAGAAGAGAAUCAGAGACGAGGAUCAGAGAAGAGGAUCGGAGACGAGGAUCAGAGAAGAGAAUCAGAGACGAGGAUCAGAGAAGAGGAUCGGAGAAGAGGAUCAGAGAAGUGGAUCAGAGAAGAGGAUCAACAUCGGUGGGGCUGACAACAGAGCAAGAGAUGAGAAAACACUGGGUCUACUUUCUUCUGGCCCUCGUGCUGAUACAUACAGGCAUAGCCAGCAGUGUGAUCUCUGUGUCUCACACACAGGACAGAGAGCAUCUGUCUAUUACCUGUCGUCUCCUGUCGGAAAACGACACUGUUUCUCAGAUCAACUGGGAGAUGAUCAGCAGUCCCAACCAUACCAAACUGAAACUGGGCACCUUCCAUCCCGUGUUCGGUACCUACGUGGUCCCAGAGUACAACGACACUGUGAAGAUCCAAAGUAGUGCCUCCAGCCGUAGUUCCAGACUCCACCUGAAGGGAGGCGCUGUGGAGGAGGUCAGCCAACUCUGCUGUGUAUUCAUCACGUUUCCCUCUGGGGUGCUGGAGCACUGUACACAUACCCGGAUCAAUGAAAACACUGCAGAGGCCCAGGAGUCAGAGGAUGCACAGCGGCUGCUAGGGGAAAGAACUUUGGAACAGUGGUCCCUGUUGGUUGGAGGCUCUACCAUCAGCAUCCUGAGCAUUGUGACCUCACUGUACUACUGCUGGAAGUACUGCUGCAGACACUGCUGUCACAGGAGGCGAAUGUUUGAGGUAGAGGCGUAUCUGACAGAUCAACACACAGAAUCAGAAGGGGUCACAGAGGAGCCCCCCCAGCAACCCCCUCUUCCCUCAUCCCCCCAGCCUCAGCCCCAGGGUUUUGACCCCUCCAAGCUCUAUGCUAAGAUCAAGCUGGACCUGCUGUAUGGACGGCUGUGGAAGGCCUACCAGGGGACGGCCACAACCUGGGGCCCCACAACACAGCACGGGCCACAACAAGGGCCACAACAGAGGGAAGAACCGGAAGAAUCCGUUCUACAACUAGAACCAGAACAUCAACCACCUCUGGUAGGAAGAGAGGAACCAGUGACAGUGACUGAGCCUGAAACUGAGUCUGAGCUAAUACCUCCACCAACUCUGGAACCUGGGACACAGAUGGAGGAAAUGGAGUCGGACACUGGUUUAUGAGGGGAGUGUGUGUGUGUGUGUGUGUGUGUGUGUGUGUGUGUGUGUGUGUGUGUGUGUGUGUGUGUGUGUGUGUGUGUGUGUGUGUGUGUGUGUGUGUGUGUGUGUGUGUGUGUGUGUGUGUGUGUGUGUGUGUGUGUGUUGGGAUGAAUAAUGUAUUGUUGACAUUGGUUGAAACUAUCUGUCAAUUAAUACGAUCAAUCUUUAUUGUCCCAGAGGGACAUUUAGUGUGAGAAUAUUAAACUCAUCUGAACUUUUAAACAGAGUUAAGGGUUUAAUGACCUUUGGCUUUUUAAAGAGACCUGUUAUUACAAGGAGUGAGACAGUGUAUGUUUGUGGCUUUCUGUUAAAUAUAACUGAGUUAUACUGAUUCAUGGCCAAUAUACAGUAUAUAAAAUAUUUUUAUGUUGUACUUAACAGUUUUGCUUAUUUUGCAACAAGAUAUUUCAUUGUUCUACUGUAGGCGUAUUACUGAAACCCUUUGAAUAUCAUUUUGCUGUAUACUUAAAUAUACUUUGUAUACUUUUAUUUCAAUAAAAAAAUCAGACCAUCAAAAUUGAUUCUC